UUCAGCAUGACAGUCACGAUUAUCCCAUGUGUUUUUUUUUUAGGAAUAUAGAAAGUUUGACAGGCCUUGCUACUUUUUCAUCGUGUUUAAAAACAAGCGCCUCAGGCGAUGUUUGCCCACCCUGACGGCGCCCCCUCCUCCUCCUCCCUUCUUCUCCUCAGUGACAUACACGCUCCCGUCCCAAGCUUCAUCAAAUGCUGCUUGCUCAACUCCCCGCUCCUCACACAAACAAUUGAAGUCAUUUCCAGUUGCUUUCUAAAGCGAUCCCACAGGUGUUUUAAUGUCCCGUCGAGAAAAGCUUUCGGCGCAAUGGAGUUACCCCACAGACAGUAUUUGGGACGAGUCCUGAUUAUGACUGCAGCGCUUCUGUCACCUGCGUUCACGGUACUAGGCAAUGACAUCCUCGGCCUGAAGGUGGCAGGAGAGCCAGUGCUUACCCCCAACGCGGUGUGUUUACGACUGGCAGGCCUGAGCAAGAAACAGAUGCGUUUGUGUGUGCGCAGCCCUGAUGUCACAGCCUCUGCUCUGCAGGGCAUUCAGGUUGCUAUUCACGAAUGCCAGCACCAGCUCAGAGACCAGCGCUGGAACUGCUCCUCCCUGGAGAACCAUGGCAAGUUGCCUCAUCAGAGUGCCAUUCUCAACAGGGGUUUCCGAGAGAGUGCCUUCUCGCUGUCGCUGCUGGCUGCAGGUGUCGUGCACUCAGUGGCUUCGGCCUGCAGCCUCGGUAAAUUGCGUGGGUGUGGCUGUGAGGCUAAACGUCGCCUGGAUGAUGACAAAAUCCGGCUCAAGUUGACUCAGCUCCAACUUCAGACUUUUCAGAGGAGCGGAGUGUCUAUAGCAGGUGCGGGAGAGAACGCACCUGAGUUCAGUUCACUGCACGGUGGCCUGCCGGCCAAUCUGCGCUCGUCCCAUCCCAUCAGUCUCCUCAAACCCUUGCCGGAUGAGGUCACGACGCUGCAGGACACCUGGGAGUGGGGAGGCUGUAGUCAUGAUGUCCGUCUUGGCGUACGGUUCUCUAGGGAUUGGUUGGAUUCCAGAGGAUCUCCACGUGAUAUACAUGCUCGUAUGCGGAUUCAUAAUAAUAGAGUGGGCAGACAGGUAGUUACAGACAACAUGAGGAGAAAGUGCAAAUGUCACGGAACAUCAGGCAGUUGCCAGUUCAAGACCUGCUGGUAUGUUUCUCCUGAAUUCCGGCUCGUGGGUUCACUGCUACGGGAGAAAUUUCUGACUGCCAUCUUCAUAAACUCUCAGAACAAGAACAGCGGAGUAUUCAACUCCCGAACUGGUGAAAGCACCGGCUCAGAUCAGCUCAGAGGCCGGCGGCGGAACAUUUCCCGCGAGCUAGUGUACUUCGAAAAGUCCCCUGACUUCUGCGACCGCGAGCCAGCAGUGGAUUCGCCGGGCACGCAGGGCCGCAUCUGCAACAAGAGCAGCCCCAGCAUGGACGGUUGCGGGUCGCUGUGCUGUGGCCGCGGACACAACAUCCUCAAACAGGCCCGCAGCGAACGGUGCCACUGCCGCUUCCACUGGUGCUGCUACGUACUCUGUGAGGAGUGCAGGGUUACGGAGUGGGUUAAUGUGUGCAAGUAACCCACCUUGUUCCAAAUCCCCAUUUCUUUUUUGGACCAAGAGACAACAACCUGUGACUGCCUGAGUGUUUUGCUCUCCUACAGUGUGUCUGUUUAUCCAUUUCUCUACUUCUUUUAACCUUCAUCAUCUGGGAUCCAUUUGCGUUGUGUUGCUGUUGUUAUUCUCAAAAUGCCAAGUCAGAGAUUGAGGAGGAGGUGACUCAUGUCAUUUGUCUUUUUUUCCUCGCUUGGAAUCUUCAGCCUCCAGAACCAAGCAAAUGGCCCGAACGCCAUCUGCACUCCUCCAAAUAACAAGGCACAACAGCAGGAACAAAUUAUUCCUGCGAAAUAUCGGCACUGCUACGGUCUACCUUUUUUUUCACUUAAAAAGUGCACUUAAUGUAUAUUCCUUACCUUGGCGAAGUGUUUGAGAAGUUUAUGUUGUAAUCAUUCUUGAAGCUGAAAUACCAUCCUAGUAGGGUUGAGGUUUCUUGCAGUAUUACACUGUAUCUUGCAGUAUUAUGAUCUUUGCCCACACUGGUCAUGAAGAAUCAAUGGCUGUGAUAAUUGAAGGCAACAUCUCAGUGCCUUUUAUAAGGUUUCGUAAGAUGUUCUGGAGCGAGUCUUGGCCAGCGACUGAAAAUGUUGCCUUGUGUAGGGGUCUGAGUUUAGUUGGUUUUUAUGAAAACCAGGACAAUUGUGAAGUUGAUAUGCUGUGUAACCUCAUGCUAACCUUCAUAGAGACAGACCAAUCACAGUACGGAGAUGGAUAGAGUGAAGGAACAACUGGAGAACACUUGUGCCUCCUGUGGAUUUUUUGCAGCUGAUUAAAAACAGUCACAUCUCAUCUCGUACUGCUGAACAAUAUUGAAUGCCAGAUGCCUUUGAUGCAAGAUGGAAGACAUUCAUCCUCUGAGUUAAACUGUAUUUAAACAGUUGCCAUUACAAUCAUGUUACAGUGAAUUUGAUGUAUGCUGUUUUUAAACUUUAAUUUUGAGCAAUCAGUGCUUAGUGAAUCAAAGUAAUUAUAUGGAUAAAUUAACUUUCAUAUAUUGACGCCUUUUGCAUUCUUAAGGAGACUGUAGAGAAUUUAUCGCUGUAAUAUGUUAUACAGUGCCUCAGUUUUUUGUUAAAGGGAGAGUUCACCCAAAAAUGAAAAUUCUGUCAUUAAUUAUUCAACCUCAUGUUGUUCCAAACCCGUAAGACCUUAGUUCAUAUUUGGAACACAAAUUAAGCUAUUUUUGAUGAAAUCCGUGAGCUUUCUGAGUAAUUAAUUACAGAAUUUUCAUUUUUGGGUGAACUAUCCCUUUAAGAAACCCUUCUUGGUUUAUCAUGUGUAUAGGUUUUAGAACCAGGAAAGGCCCUCUGGAACAGAGGAGGGGUCAUAGAUUGGAGUAUUAGAUAUAAUUCUUCUCUUCUGGAGAAUUUUUUUACUCAAUCCGACUUCUCAUAAUGGGCAACAGGAAUAGGCUUUAUAGGCAGAUUGAGGCAUGAACCUUCUUAUAUGGAUCAGCUGUCCAAGGUUGCGCCAUGUGCUGCUGAGUACUGUUUGUCCUUGUCUGUGAAUUUGCAUCUGCAACUGUCAGAGACUGGACCACUGUGUGAUUUCCUAACUCAACCCAGGCGCACUUCUGAUGUCUACGCUCUGUCUGAGUUCUCUGAGUGCACAACAAUCACAAACAUCUUAGGAAUAAAUGAGUUUUUCUGUAUGAUUCCUCACGAGACUCUGUAAUGAGGAUGCGCUGUGGCGACUGUGGAUUGAGUGAAGUGACCACCCACGGUCUGCUGGCUUUAUUGAGCGCGCUUCUCAUGGUAUUUCCUCUGGCAAUAAAGAU